AUGUCGUUUACGGAAAGCAUAGUCAGUGCGCUCUACGACUGGCACCGCUCCUCCAAGACGACCAGCCCCUCGAUGUCCUCAGGCAGCAUUGUCUUCCGACCGCGGACCCUCGUUGACCGUCUCCCUAACGAGCUCCUCACCGCCGUCUUUGCCUUUUCCGUUGAUCACGACCCUCACGAUGACUCCAUCCUUACGACCUCACCCAUGACCUUAUCGCACGUCUGCCGCCGCUGGCGCGUUGUCGCCCUCGCCUGCGGUAGCCUCUGGUGCUCCCUUGUCAUCACAUACCCCACAUCUCCCCAGCAAUUCACCCGUGUUCUCACCUUCCUCUCUCGCUCCAAAAACUACCCACUGGACAUCCUCCUCGACGUCCGUGAUCCAGAGUGGGACUUUGAGCAGCCCGAGACCCAGCAUGGCUUCACCAUCCAGGACAUGCAGACCGUCCUCAAGCUUCUGAGCGGUAAUGGGAAGGCUGCGCCACGCUGGCGCUCGAUGGAGCUGUUGACAGACACCUGGGCGCCUAUUCACACCUUCCUCGAGUUUACCCGCGAAUGGGCGCCUCCAAAGCGGCUAGAGCGCCUUGUCUUGUCUCGCUGCAAUGCCUACUUUGCCCGACGAGGCCAACUGUUCCAGCCUGCUGCCCUCUCGGCGCCAAUCCCGCUCUUUCAAGCCGCGCCUUCAAAUCUCCACCAUCUUUCCCUAGUUGGCGUCCACAUCGACUGGAGCGUCUUUCGAGCGCCGCUCCUUACGACCCUUGAACUCAAAUACCACGCCGCCGACAUCCGUCCUUCCUUUGAGCAAUUGGCGGCCAUCUUGACGUCUUGUUCAUUGCUGGAAACGCUUAGCAUCAUUGGCAGCGGACCCUCUCUUCCGCCACCCUCGUCUUCUUCUCCACCGAUGAUUCCGAUCACUAUUCCAUCGCUCAAAUCACUCACCAUCGGUUACGUCGACGCUUCAGCAGCGGUGCGGUUGCUAUCCCUCUUGCGGCUGCCUUUCCUCACUGCAUUGGGCAUCGAGGACGCCGGGCAGGGAAUUCUGCCGCAUGACGAGGACUUUUCGCCUUUCUCAGAUCACGGGCCCGUUGUUCUCGCUGCGCUAACCAACCUGAGCGAUGACGUUAUUGCCUUAAAACAACUUACCUCACUCACGCUCGACUCGUUAACCGCCCCUUCGGGUGUCUUGGCGCUCUUCCUCGCAAAAUGUCCUGCCGUCCGCCACCUCGAGCUGCAGCGCGUGAACCUCGUCUACCCCGUCGACGUGCCCAUGCUGUGCAAGCUCGCGAUCCCCAAGCUGCCGUGCUUGGUUCUCGAUGACGAGGUGCACGAGCUGAACUGA